AUGCCUCCACCUCCGGAUGAUCAGCACCACCACAGCCUCGUAUCCUCCACCAAGAGGACCAGAGAAGAGAACUACGGGGAGUCUUCGUCCUCCACGUCAGGCCUCGUAUCCUCCACCAAGAGGAACAGAGAAGAGGACUACGGGGAGUCUUCGUCCUCCACGUCAGGCCUCGUAUCCUCCACCAAGAGGACCAGAGAAGAGGACUACGGGGAGUCUUCGUCCUCCACGUCAGGCCUCGUAUCCUCCACCAAGAGGACCAGAGAAGAGGACUACGGGGAGUCUUCGUCCUCCACGUCAGGCCUCGUAUCCUCCACCAAGAGGAACAGAGAAGAGGACUACGGGGAGUCUUCGUCCUCCACGUCAGGCCUCGUAUCCUCCACCAAGAGGAACAGAGAAGAGGACUACGGGGAGUCUUCGUCCUCCACGUCAGGCCUCGUAUCCUCCACCAAGAGGACCAGAGAAGAGGACUACGGGGAGUCUUCGUCCUCCACGUCAGGCCUCGUAUCCUCCACCAAGAGGAACAGAGAAGAGGACUACGGGGAGUCUUCGUCCUCCACGUCAGGCCUCGUAUCCUCCACCAAGAGGAACAGAGAAGAGGACUACGGGGAGUCUUUGUCCUCCACGUCAGGCCUCGGAUCUCCAUCAAGAGGACCAGAGAAGAGGACUACGGGGAGUCUUCGUCCUCCACACUCCCAGGGACGGGAGGACGCAGUGAAGUAUUUUUACAAUCAAACUACCAAAUCAUCAAAGUACAUUUUUAAGGAGGCUGAAUCUUGA